AUGGCUGAGGAAUGCAUCUACAUGAUUCAUGUGUCUACAGUGGCCUGUGGGAUGCUGAUCCUGCUGGCCAUUUUAGCUGUUCUGGUGUUACAAGAGGUCCAUGGAGCCUCCAAAUACCAGGUUUUAAUGAAUGCCAAAAGAAAGGACAGCUUCUCUGAAGAGAACACUAAUGAACAAUUGAAUUUGGGCCCAAAGGCUACUGAAGAAUCAGAAGACAAGAUUGUCAUUGAGCCCAUGUCCAGACUGGAACUUUUCAAAGGUUUGGAGGAAAGCCAAGAUCUCUUGAGACAUUUUCGAAAUCCAGUGCAAUUACCUGAGGAAGAUAGAGAUUCCUUCUACCACUCAAGUUCCAUAGAGGAUGUCAUUGAAGAACCCCAGAUGUUGAGGACAUCUUAUCAUGAAGUGCUCCAGGGUCCAGAAGAGGACAGGGACCAUUUCUACCAUCCUGCAGAUUAA